AAUAAACUUUUUAGUGAAAUGAAAGCCAUCAAUGUGUCUCCUAACACUGUCACUUACAAUACUUUGAUCAAUGGAUACAGUCAGGUGGGAAAUAGUGAGGUGGGUGGCAGUCUUUAUGAGGAGAUGGCGAGGAAUGAAGUUAAGGCUGAUGUCUUGACAUAUAAUGCCUUGAUUUUGGGUCUUUGCAAGGAGGGACAAUGUGUGAGGAGGAACUCAGAUCGUGCUUUCCAGUUGUAUAAAAUCAUGGUAAGGAGUGGUUGUCAUCCAAAUGAACAUACCUUCAGGAUGCUGAUAUCUACAUUCUGCAAGAAUGAAGAUUUUGAUGGAGCACUUCGAGUUCUUGAGGAAAUGAUAGAGAGUGCUAUUCCUCCUGAUUUGAGCAUCUUAUCUGAGAUUUAUGACAGACUUUGUCUCUGUGGAAAAGAUGAAUUGGCUAUGAAGUUAUGCAGCAAGAUGGAAGCUAGAUGCCUUAUGCCCAAAGGAUUUGACAAGAUGAGAACAUCAGCUCAGGAUCAGAUAAAUGAAAACAAAGAAGUGAUGAGAAACUGUGAAGCUGUUUCUACAUUUCCUACUACUCAUUCUUUCGGGCUUUCGGCAAUGCUGGCUGGCAUAUGAUGGCACUUUUAUGAACUUCUCCAUAAGUAUUCAGGAAGGAAAUGAAAACAUGAAAAUUUGAAAGCAUUUUCCGGACAGGAUUCCCUGAAGACAAGUGUACAGCCCAAAUAUUGUUCUUAGAGUGACCAUCUCUCAGAUUCUCUCAAGGAAUGUGGUGACAGUGAGCCAACCAACUAUGCAAGCUCUCCAAAAAGAUAAGUUUCCAUGGUUGUGGAGACGAGUGAAUGGUUGUCAUAUGGACCUAGAUUCUUUCCUAUGUUGCUUACUCAUGCAGAGGAAGAGAAAAAGGGCAAAUCAUGGAGGAGGUGGGCGGUUGGAGUUCUUUGGGAAGUACCGUACUUAAUUUCUUGAAAAAAUUGAGGAUUGUAGCUGGGGACAACGAUAUCAUGUCAGGCAUAACCUAUUACUGUAUUUGGGAUAUGGCAUUUGAAUGCUAAAUGAAUUGCAUAGCCACUA